GACUUGAUCAGUAAUUCAGGUUCAGCUACUAUUGUUACCGAAUCACCCUCCAUUGGUUACAACUCUUCUAUUCCAAGUGAAUUGAUCAAUGAUUCAGGUUCAGCUACUAUUGUUACUGAAUCCUCAUCUGUUGGUUACAACUCAUCUACUCCAAGUGACUUGAUCAGUGAUUCAGGUUCAGCUACUAUUGCUAACGAAUCGUCAUCUGUUGGUUACAACUCAUCUACUCCAAGUGACUUGAUCUGUGAUUCAGUUUCAGCUACUAUUGUUACUGAAUCCUCAUCUGUUGGUCACAACUCAUCUACUCCAAGUGAUUUGAUUAGUGAUUCAGUUUCAGCUACUAUUGUUACCGAAUCAUCCUCCAUUGGUUACAACUCUUCUAUUCCAAGUGACUUGAUCAGUGAUUCAGGUUCAGCUACUAUUGUGACUGAAUCUUCAUCUGUUGGUUACAACUCAUCUACUCCAAUUGACUUGAUCAGUGAUUCAGGUUUAGCUACUAUUGUGACUGAAUCUUCAUCUGAUGGUUACAACUAUUCUAUUCCAAAUGACUCUGAUCAGAAAUUCAAGUUCAGCUACUAUUGUUACCGAAUCAACCUCCAUUGGUUACAACUCAUCUAUACCUUCUGGUUCAACUAG